GGGAACCGGGAGUUCAGUGCGCAAGCGCAUUCUGGGCUUGUCCCCGACCCCACGUGUGAAGCUUCUCGGCAAAUUUUUGGUGAAAAAUGCCCAAAUUCAAGGCGGCCCGUGGAGCCGGGGGUCAGGAAAAACAUGCGCCCCUGGCCGACCAGAUUCUGGCGGGGAACGCGGUGCGGGCGGGGACCCGAGAAAAGCGGCGGGGUCGUGGAACCGGAGAAGAGGAGGAAGAGUAUGUGGGGCCCCGGCUGAGCCGGCGGAUCUUGCAGCAAGCGCGACAGCAACAGGAGGAUCUCGAGGCCGAGCAUGGGACUGGGGGCAGGUCCGCGGCGCCGCGGGAGCGUACCACGCGUUUGGGCCCAGGAGUGCCUCAGGAUGGAUCAGAUGACGAAGAUGAGGAGUGGCCCACUCUGGAGAAGGCUGCCAUAAUGAAAGGGGCAGACCACCAUGCAGAGGUAGUCGUGGACCCUGAGGAUGAACAUGCCAUUGAGAUGUUCAUGAACAAGAACCCUCCUGCAAGGCGCACCCUGGCUGACAUCAUCAUGGAGAAGCUGACUGAGAAGCAGACGGAGGUUGAGACGGUCAUGUCAGAGGUGUCAGGCUUCCCUAUGCCCCAGCUGGACCCCCGGGUCCUGGAUGUCUACAGAGGAGUCCGGGAGGUGUUAUCUAAGUACCGCAGUGGGAAACUGCCCAAGGCAUUUAAGAUCAUCCCUGCACUCUCCAACUGGGAGCAAAUUCUCUAUAUCACAGAGCCUGAGGCCUGGACUGCUGCUGCCAUGUACCAGGCCACCAGGAUUUUCGCCUCUAACCUGAGGGAACGCAUGGCCCAGCGCUUCUACAACCUUGUCCUGCUUCCCCGGGUACGAGAUGACAUUGCCGAAUACAAGCGACUCAACUUCCAUCUCUACAUGGCACUCAAGAAGGCCCUGUUCAAGCCUGGAGCCUGGUUCAAAGGGAUCCUGAUCCCAUUGUGUGAGUCGGGCACUUGUACCCUCCGGGAAGCCAUCAUCGUGGGUAGCAUCAUCACCAAGUGCUCCAUCCCUGUGCUGCACUCCAGUGCAGCCAUGCUGAAAAUUGCUGAGAUGGAAUACAGUGGUGCCAACAGCAUCUUCCUACGACUGCUGCUGGAUAAGAAGUAUGCACUGCCCUACCGGGUGCUGGAUGCCCUGGUCUUCCACUUCUUGGGGUUCCGGACAGAGAAGCGGGAGCUGCCGGUGCUCUGGCACCAGUGCCUCCUAACUUUGGUUCAGCGCUACAAGGCAGACUUGGCCACAGAUCAGAAAGAGGCACUCCUGGAACUGCUUCGGCUGCAGCCCCAUCCACAACUGUCCCCCGAAAUCAGGCGUGAGCUUCAGAGUGCAGUCCCUCGAGAUGUGGAAGAUGUUCCAAUCACCAUGGAGUGAGGAAAGCUUACCUGUCCUGGUCUGAGGGGCAUGAGGGGAAACCAGGACCCUACUGGUGACUAAAGAUGACACUGAGCCUUUAUGGCUCAAGACCCAGAUCAGGGCAGUGACAGGUCACAGGGUCAUCUGUGGCUCUCAGUCCUAAACAGGGAGGACUGAGGGUCUGGCUGGCUCCCUCUCCCAUCCUAGGCCUUCGUCCCUGCUCAGUUCUGGGACCUGACUUGAGAUUCCGUGUGCCGGCACUCCAACUCCCCAGCCAGGUUUGAUAUAAGUACUUUCUCUCUGGCUAUUGUGUCAAGUCACUGGGAUGUGGAUAAAAACAAAAAGGCAGGUAUUUAUUGAACCUCUGUGGUUUGGUGUAUCAAUGGGGGUCUUUCUACUUUCCCUCUUUAGCUGCAAGUCCCUGUGGUGUCUCAGGAGUGAAUUCUUACCCAGUUUACACAGGACCCCCAUGUAAUCUACAAGUUUUUCUCCAGGCUGCACUUGCAUUAUUAGCCCCCAGGGGCACAUUCUCUGCCUUCUCUUGACAUGAUACAGGCUACUUUAGUAAAAUGCCAGCAACCAGGAGCAGGUUGUUCAAAAGAUGGUUGUGUCUCAGGUGUGGGUGAAAGGGCUUCAGCAGAAAACUCCUUUUCAAGAACAGCAGAGAGACAAGAAAGGUCAGAGGAUAAGGUUGGGCCCAGGAAUGAUUAGAUUGGGAUCAGCACCAAACAGGUUCCCUUUCUACCUUUUUGGCCAGUGAAAUCCAGUGGUUGGCAAACUAGGGACAAAUGCCUGUUUUUGUGUGGCCUGUGAGCUAAGAAUAAAUUUUAUGUUUUCAAAUAGUUGGGGGAAAAAAUUAAAAGAACAGUAUUUGUGACAAGUGAGAAUUAUGUGAACAUAUUUCAGUGUCCACAAAUAAUGCUUUAUUGGAACACAGCCAUGCCCACCAUUUACAUGUUUUCUGUGACUGCUUUUGUGCUACAACAGCAGAGUUGAGUAUAAUCCUGCUAUAAACCCUUGUUAUCUUUGAAAAUGCA